AUGAGAGUCCUAACACUUAUCUUGGGUUGCACCCUAAUCACCAUUUCCCUGGUGAAGAACGCUGAUGGUGUGGCUUGCACCUCAACUGAUCCCGAUACCCCAACUGGUUGCACGGAUUGCUCCCUGACGGCAAAUGCUUCGGCUGCCGAUUGUUCAACCACCACAACGACGACGACAACAACGACUGAGUCCUCUUCAUCAUCCGGAUCUUCGUCUGGAUCAUCAUCAUCCGCCACAACAGAGUCAAGCUCAUCGGAUAGCGACACUACAACCACAACCACAACCACGACCACCACCGCAUCCUCGUCUUCCGGUGCCACAGCAGCUUUGGCUCGUCUGAGGAAUACGAUUUCUAGAAUCCAGCGUCAUCGUCGCCAGCAGGCUGCAAAACGUCGCCGUGCAGCCAGGAGGCAGGCUGAAAGGAGGAGGGCUGCUGCCAGGAGGAGGAACCGCAGAGGUUGCGUCCUCGUGACCAUAUCCAUGGUGCAAUACACGGAUUGUACAUCCUCCUCGGUCUCAACAACAACAACAUCAUCAACAACAACAACAACUGAGUCCUCUUCAUCAUCUGGAUCAUCAUCCGCCACCACAGAGUCAUCAUCGGAUAGCGACACCACAACAACAACCACCACUACUACCACCGCAUCCUCGUCUUCCGGAGCCACAGCAGCUUUGACUCGUCUGAGGAAUACGGUUGCCAGGUUGCAGCGUCAGCGUCGCCAGCAGGCUGCCAGACGUCGCCGUGCUGCCAGGAGGAAGGCUCAGAGGCAGAGGAGGAGGGCAGCUGCCAGGAGGAGGAGGAACAGGAGGAACCGCAGAGGCUAA